AGUGAGGCGCCGCUGCCGCUAUGACGUCACGACACGGAAGUACAGCCGCACGGCACUUGAAUGUUGUCUACUUGUGUUUGUGAACUAAUGUCUCCUACGGACGAGUUGGUCAAGCAGUGGGAAAGCGAGCAGGACCGUCUCAGAGAGCAAGUGGUGGAGGAGGACACACAACCCUGGCAGAAGAACCCCGACUUCUCAGGCCUGGAGCGGGUCGGCGGAGUUGACCUGUCCUUCAUCAAAGGUGACAAUGUCAACGCCUGUGCCCAGCUGGUGGUACUCAGCUACCCGGACCUCCAGGUGCUGUAUGAGGACAAUCAGAUGGUGACCUUGACAGCGCCAUACAUAGCAGGCUUCCUAGCCUUCAGAGAAACAGCCUUCCUCUUGGACGCUCUGCAGCGGCUUGGAACGGAGAAGCCUGCUCUUCUGCCUCAGGUGGUGUUUGUGGAUGGCAAUGGUCUCUUUCACUACAGAGAAUUUGGCCUGGCAUGUCAUGUGGGCGUGCUGUCAGGGCUGCCAUGUGUGGGCGUCGCCAAGAACCUUCUCCAGGUCCAGGGCGUGUAUAAAAGUGAAGAACACCAGUCUCAGAUAGCAACCCUGCAGAAAGGAGGAGACAGCUUUCCACUCAUAGCCACCUCCGGCAAAGUGCUUGGGAAGGCACUGCGGAGUUCGGACAAGAGCACCAAGCCGGUGUAUGUGUCAGUUGGUCACAUGAUCAGCCUGGAGACAGCUGUGCGCCUCACACACUCCUGCUGUUGCUUUCGAGUCCCAGAGCCAAUCAGACAGGCCGACUGUCGCUCCAGAGAAUACCUCCGCGCUCACUUCCCUGCUGCACAGACAGGAAGUACAGGAUCAGGAACUGAAUGAGACGGCGAAAGAACUGUGAAACUUUGAAGAUCAGCAGCUUGUGUGUGUUGGUGAGAAAGUACACUGCAGUUUUCCUGAGCUUUGAAAAGUGCAGGUAAUAUCUGAGCAAAUAUGGUCAGAUAACUUCUUAUGCACUCACCCUACAUUUAGCGGGGAUGUGGGUCAGACUGACUCUUUUUAGAUACUGUUCUCAUUACCUUUUUGGGUCACUCAGACUUUUGCACCGGGCGCCUUUUAAAUAAAUAAUAAAUGUCUCUGAUAAGCUCAUCGUCUAUAAAUACCUGAGGAUGUGUUGUCGGCAGGAGCACGGACAGGAAUUCUGGGCCCCACAGACCACUGUUGUCGCUACAUCUUCAUAAUCUUUCACAGGGGCCCUUGGAAUGGUCCUAACUUAUUUCGCCUAGACGGGGGUCCUGGUUGAAGGACCUUUUAAAAUACUUGAAGUUGGUGAGGAACCAACGAGUAGAGUAGUUGGUGAGGAACCAACGAGUAGAGUAGUUGGUGAGGAACCAACGAGUAGAGUAGUUGGUGAGGAACCAAUGAGUAGAGUAGUUGGUGAGGAACUAAGGUACAUUACUUUAGAGUAGUUAGUGAGGAACUAAUGAGUAGAGUAGUUGGCGAGGAACCAACGAGUAGAGUAGUUGGUGAGGAACCAACGAGUAGAGUAGUUGGUGAGGAACCAAUGAGUAGAGUAGUUGGUGAAGAACCAACGAGUAGAGUAGUUGGUGAGGAACCAAUGGGUAGAGUAGUUGGUGAGGAACCAAUGAGUAGAGUAGUUGGUGAGGAACCAACGAGUAGAGUAGUUGGUGAGGAACUAAUGAGUAGAGUAGUUGGUGAGAAACCAACGAGUAGAGUAGUUGGUGAGGAACCAACGAGUAGAGUAGUUGGCGAGGAACCAACGGGUAGAGUAGUUGGUGAGGAACCAACGAGUAGAGUAGUUGGCGAGGAACCAACGGGUAGAGUAGUUGGUGAGGAACCAACGAGUAGAGUAGUUGGUGAGGAACCAACGAGUAGAGUAGUUGGUGAGGAACCAACGAGUAGAGUAGUUGGCGAGGAACCAAUGAGUAGAGUAGUUGGUGAGGAACUAAGGUACAUUACUUUAGAGUAGUUAGUGAGGAACUAAUGAGUAGAGUAGUUGGUGAGGAACCAAUGAGUAGAGUAGUUGGUGAGGAACCAAUGGGUAGAGUAGUUGGUGAGGAACCAACGAGUAGAGUAGUUGGUGAGGAACCAAUGAGUAGAGUAGUUGGUGAGGAACCAACGAGUAGAGUACUUGGUGAGGAACUAAUGAGUAGAGUAGUUGGUGAGGAACCAAUGAGUAGAGUAGUUGGUGAGGAACCAACGAGUAGAGUACUUGGUGAGGAACUAAUGAGUAGAGUAGUUGGCGAGGAACCAACGGGUAGAGUAGUUGGUGAGGAACUAAUGAGUAGAGUAGUUGGUGAGGAACCAACGGGUAGAGUAGUUGGUGAGGAACCAACGGGUAGAGUAGUUGGUGAGGAACCAACGGGUAGAGUAGUUGGUGAGGAACCAACGGGUAGAGUAGUUGGUGAGGAACCAAUGAGUAAUUAGUGGUAAUGAUUGGGUACUGUAGGUUCGUUCAUCAUGAAUUACCAUAAUUUUGUGUACCUUAUUGUGAAUAAUUGUACAGAUAUGGUCAAAGCCCUUAACUCUCCAUUAGCGAAGCCAAGCCAAGAAGAUGGUAAAGUGUUCCCUACCAUCCCAGAAGGAAUUAAUUGAAGAGACGAUAGUGUAAGACAUUUUGGGGGAGGGGGUUAUGACCCAUUUAAUGUUCCGUGUUGAAAUGAUCAGUGGAAUGUGCUGCAGGCCAAUAAACAAGCAAGCUGUGGGCAGCAAAUGGCCCCCGGGCCGCCCUUUGGACACAGGUGGAAUAACUAGUAAUGAGACAUAUUGCGUCUAAUGUGUCACCUGCGGGGUACUUUUCAAAUGAGUCAGACUUGGCAGCUGGUAGCCCUCUGCCACGCGGGCCCGUUCAGGCGGGCGGAAGCUGAGGACAAGGUGGAAAGUGAGCUGACUCUGCGGGGAUGACAUCCAGAAAUAGACGUGGUCAGAUGGGGCAGUAUUGAUCAGUGGGGGGGGCGGGGAUCUGCACACUGGUGCCAAUGUCAGAGGCAAUAGAUUAGUAUGUAUCAGUCAUAGUAAACAUAAUAAUAAUAAUAAACAUAAUAAUAAUAAACAUAAUAAUAAUAAACAUAAUAAUGGACAUGAUGACUGAACACAACAAACCAACCUGACGUACAACUACAACUUAUAUAGCUCUCUUGAUUGGCGUUUAGGAAAAUGUGGGCAUGCCUUGACGUUCUCAUUCCUAUGACAUGUUACAAGUUGGAUUUAAUACGCAUUGUACAGCAGAGAUGAGCAAACUGUGGCCCGUGGGCCACACCAGGCCCACAAAAGGUGACUUAACACUUGGUGGGGAAACCCUUGCUGGCAAGCUCAGAACUUUGUGUUUCUUGUAGUUGGUCACCAGGAUUGCCCACGUCCCAGGGGGGAUUUUAGUCAGAAAAACACCCCCAAAGAAAAAUCUUGCCACCUCCGUGUUUGACAGAUGGUGUUGACAGAUGGCUCAUCUUCACCACUUCUCUGCCUCCUCUUUGCCUCACGACCAAGAGCGACGUGUUUCCUCUCACGUGACCACAUCACAUUCUCCCGAGCCUUCAAACUUCAAGAGGCAAGAUUUGUCACCAAUGCUUUUCCUGGCGACUGUGCUGCCAACUCGCUUGAUAUCAGGAACCCAUCGUGUCUUCACCUGGCCCGGUCCCUCAUCUUUCUUAUCCUUACCUCACCCAAUAUCUUUAUUUGAUCUUUAUUAUUCCAUUUCCUACUUAUUGGGCCUGAAUGGAAGGACUCAUUUGUGUCUUUCAUGGACACAUAACUGGUGUGCAGUCCCUGUUAUUGAAUAAGAUAUUAUGGUAUGUCUUGGAUGGGGUCAGUAGCCCUUUGCUGGCUGUCAUUUACCCAGUAAAGUGGAAAGGAGAUGUCAACAAUUCCUUGGGGAGGUGCACAUGAAAAAAACAAUGUUUUAAUGAAUCAUAAACUACAUAUAUGAGCAUGGUGGUGGGUGAGGGGGGGGUUGUCUCCCUGCGAGCCAUGAGUGCAGUAAUUGGUGAGGGAAACUGACAGAAGGUUAACUUCUGCUAUGGAUGGAUUUGCUUGUCAACUCAUUUCCCAAUCAAUUUGUGGCCUGAGUGAUCUCACGCUUUAUUAUUGUGAACAUCGGAAGAAGAUGUGGAUGUUCAAAUGAAGAGUCCAGUUUUCAACUUCAUUCAUUUUCUACCGCUUAUCCUCACGAGGGUCGCUGGGGUGCUGGAGCCUAUCCCAGACGUGUUGGGGCGAGAGGCAGGGUCCACCCUGGACUGGUGGCCAGCCAAUCCCAGGGCACAUAUAGACAAACAACCAUUCACACUCACAUUCAUUCACUCUAUCAGCCUGAAAAAUUCAUUUUUAAAGGUUUGGGACCCCAACCAACCACAGUGAGAGCUGUUAUCCUCAAAUGGUGAAAGCUGGAGUACCCGGAGAAAACCCACGCAGAGAUGGCUGAGGGUGGAAUCGAACUCCUAGCUGUGUGGCCUGCACGCUAACCACUCACACUUUUUUCUCGAAAAUCAAAAUGUUCCAUACCAUAACAUAAAUUCCCUGGGUUCGUCAGAAAUUGGACCCCAGAUGUCCUAAGAAGUCAAGGUCAAAGAGGGACGGGCGGGGGCGGACCGGAGGUGAGUGACAUUACUGACACCUAGUGACUAGAAUACUAGAAUACUAGAAUACUAGAAUACUAGAAUACUACGCUGGUGUUUCUUCUGAAUGCCUCAUAUUUGGAUUUUGGUUACUUUAGCCAUUCUUUUUGUUGACAAUGCUGAAUAUAAGCAAAAUAUAUGCUUAAAUGUGCAUGUUUUGAUUAAUGAUAGGUCGUAUUCAACCAUGAAACAGCAUGAUUUAUUCUUUUAUAUUCAUAUAUAUAUAUUAUAUAUUUAUAUAUCUACAUCCGGGAUACAGUGAAGCUCCUAGGGAUGACAGAAUGGCAGAAUUUCAGUUCAGCUUCACUUCAGUAGUCACAUGCAAUUGUCACAUUGUGGGGUGCAGAGAAGGGGUGGGGUGCAGAGAAGGGCCCACAGUGGAACAUAAAAGAUGCAAAAAGGCGUGGCCGAGGGCGGUGGUUGCUGAACGCACAUACAAAGGUAGCAAGGUGGUAAGAUCUGGCAUAAUCUGGCAUCUAAGUAGACGGGUGGCCAAUCAGCAUCCGGUAGAUCCACCUCCAGCCAGGCCCAGAUGAUCUGGAACAGAAGGAGAAAGCAGAGGUGAGACAUUUCUAGAGAAACUGCCUUCUCCGGUUAGUGUUAACUUUGAAUAUGUUUCAUCUUGCAUUACACCCUUUUGCUCUUUUUUCAAUUUUGGCUUUCUUUUUAUGUUUUUUUUGAUAGGCCAAUAAAAAAGAC